AGACAGACAGACAGACAGAGAGAGAGAGACAGAGAGACAGAGAGAGAGAGAGAGACAGAGGGAUUACCGGUGAGCGCGCAGCGCGCCCCCGCCUCCUGCCCCUCUGUCGUCCAUACAUCCCAGGAGGAGAGUGAAACAUGACAGCCCGGUCAGUGCGGUCCCUCUCCGGAGCCCUGAAGCUCGUGUUCAGCAACCGUUUAACCGGGGUUCAUGGUGCAGCUACAUGUAACCAGAGACACAAGUCCACUUACACUACCAUACCUCCUCCGGCACGGUACGGAGGCAGGCACACCGUGACUCUGAUUCCCGGAGAUGGUAUCGGACCAGAGCUGGGCAAACACGUGUGUGAACUGUUCCGAUUCUGCUGUGUGCCGGUGGACUUUGAGAUUGUCAAUGUGGACUCAUCUAUGUCCUCAGAAGAUGACAUCAAUAAUGCCAUCAUGGCUAUCAGACGCAAUGGAGUUGCUCUAAAAGGUAACAUCGAGACCAACCACAACCUGCCACCAUCCUACAAGUCCAGAAACAACCUGCUCCGCACCACUCUGGAUCUGUACGCCAAUGUGAUGCACUGCCAGUCUCUACCAGGAGUGAAGACGCGCCACACAAACAUCGACAUCAUGAUCAUCAGGGAGAACACAGAGGGAGAGUACAGCAGCCUGGAGCACGAGAAUGUACCGGGCGUUGUUGAAUGUCUGAAGAUCAUCACCAGGACCAAAUCGCUACGCAUCGCUGACUACGCGUUCAGUACUGCUCGGGCCAAAGGACGCAGACGAGUCACUGCCGUGCACAAAGCCAACAUCAUGAAGUUGGGUGACGGCCUCUUCCUGGAGUGCUGUAAGGAGGUUGCCAGCGGUUACCCCGAAAUCACCUUCGACAGCAUGAUUGUGGACAACACCACCAUGCAGCUGGUCUCCAGGCCCCAGCAGUUCGAUGUGAUGCUCAUGCCCAACCUGUACGGCAACGUCGUGAGCAACGUGUGUGCCGGGCUGGUUGGUGGACCGGGCCUGGUGCCCGGAGCCAACUAUGGAAAGGACUACGCCGUGUUUGAGACGGGCACCAGGAACACGGGGAGGAGCAUCGCUAACCGCAACACAGCAAACCCCACGGCCACGCUGCUGGCCUCCUGCCUGCUGCUGGAUCACCUGAAGCUGCACGCCUACGCCAGCAUGAUCCGCAGGGCCAUCCUCUCCACGGUCACUGAGACUCGGCUGCACACCGCUGACCUGGGAGGCCAGGGCUCCACCUCUGAAGUGGUGCAGUCCGUCAUGAAGGCGGUUCAGAGCACCGGGCCCCAGACGCUGAGCAUCUAGAACAGUGACACAGAUGUGGAUGUUAGUGCCUCUCUCCAGUAGGUCCUCUAUGCAAUUUCAUAAUAACGAUAGUGAGUUGUUUGAUAGUAAUACUGAAAACUGCACACAAACAGUCUUAUCUAUGCAACAGAAUGUUUCCUGACCUCCCGGCUGUUUGAGUUUUCUCAGCACUUUGUUUGCAUCUAUAGUUUACCUGCAACACAACACUGUUCACUCUUUAUUUAUUAGUUUGAUCCAUUUAUUUAUUUUUAAGUUAAACCAGUAUUAAACCAAACACAGCUGUUGUUUGUAUCCUGAACACAGCUGUCCUACUGCUGAAUGUAUUAAGCUCUAAUAAAGUUAAUUAAAGU